AAGGGUGGCGAUCAUAAGUUUGAGCUCUCUCGAGUCCCUCUUUCUCUCUCUAUAUAUGCGUAUAUCUCUGUCUGUACGAGGAGAGACUAACAAAGAAGGGUUUCUUUCUUUCUAGGGUUUCAAACGUCCCUGCCAUGCCCACAACUGCUCUGCUCGGAGAUGCAGGUUAUGAAUUGGACUCUCUUGUGAAGCUUCUCUAGGGUUUCCAAGUCUCGACGAUUGCAUCAUUCGUUUCGUUUCAAUUUGAUUUGUUCUAGCUUCGUGUUUUUUUUGCGUCUCUCAAUCGUUCGAUCUAGGGUUUAGUUUAGGUCGUGCUCGAAUCAGUAUUCGUUCUGUUCUUUCUAGUUUCUUCCUUGUUUCCACAUCCCCAGGAGCUUCGAUCUGAACCGGCGUCAAAGGCGUAUCGAGUUCUUGAUAGAGAAAGCGAGAGUUUUUAGGGUUUUAUAAUUGUAAUUGUCAUUUAGGGGUUGGGGUUGUGAAAAUAAUAAAAUUAUCAAUUUUUGGUCUCGCUUGGAUUGAACAUCGAAUGUGUCGAGAAAUUGGGGGUUAAUCUUAUGGCACCAACUGUUCCCAUAGAGUACAUUGGAAGGAGGGAAUCAAAAACUUGCUUGCAGAGAAGUGGUGCUCUAAUGAUGGGAAAAACAAGGAAGUUUUCCAAGGCACAUUCUUCUGGUUUUGUUCCCGACUAUCGUCAUAACGUGGGGACCACCAUGGCUGAAUCAGAAGGGUUUGGUAGCUCAGGACGAGUUGACAUGGAGAUGACUGCGUCGGAGGAUUCGUAUGCUCCCAAAAGGAAAUGCAUUAGUUUGAAUGUGGACACUUACGAUCGAUUCGGUGUCCCUUUACAAGUUCUGUCACUGUCAAAGCUGUCACAGUCUGAGAGGAAGGACUUAGAGCUGAGGUUGAAAAGUGAACUUGAACAAGUUAGGCUUCUUCAGAAGAAAAUUGCUUCUCUGAAUUCAAAUGCUGUAACUUUGUCGCCUUCUAGUGAUAUUCGCAGUUGCAGUGAUGGACAAAAAAGACCCCUACUAGAGAGUUUCCAAAGGCAAAGGUCAUUGGACGUGUCCACUUCACAGGGAAAGAAACGGGCUCCUGGUCGGAAUGGGUCACGUGCAAAGCGGCCUAAAGCAGGAGGGCGUUUUGAGUCAGUGAAACAGGAAAUGCCACCAAGUACUUCAAAUGCUACGUUGAUGAAACAGUGUGAGUCCUUGCUGAGUCGGUUAAUGUCACAUCAGUAUGGUUGGGCUUUCAACGCUCCUGUUGAUGUAGUUAAGUUGAAUAUUCCAGAUUACUUCGAUGUUAUAAAGCAUCCCAUGGAUUUGGGGACAGUGAAAAGCAAGUUAUUGUCAGGUGAGUAUUCGAGUCCAUUGGGUUUUGCUGCAGAUGUGAAGCUUACUUUCUCCAAUGCAAUGACUUACAAUCCACGUGAAAAUGAUUUCCAUUUCAUGGCUGAGACACUCGGUAAAUAUUUUGAAGUGAGAUGGAAAUCUAUCGAGAAGAAAGUUCCUGUUAUCAUUGAUGCACCAGUGCCUUCAACAUCAAGUGUUCAUAUAGAAACUGAAACUCCUAAUCCAAUGCCUCCUGCUAAAAAGAAGAAAAUCACACCGGUCAACGAUGAGGUCAAACAAGAACCUGUGAAGCGUGUCAUGACUGAUGUGGAGAAGCAUAAGCUGAGCACAGAAUUGGAGUCUCUAUUAGCAGAAUUGCCUGAAACCAUUAUUGACUUUCUCAAAAAGCAAAGUUACAAUGAAAAUCAAACUGAUGAAGAUGAGAUUGAGAUUGACAUUGAUACUCUAAGUGAUGAGACUUUGUUCACAUUGCGGAAACUCUUAGAUGAUUAUUUGCUGGAUAAACGGAAAAAACAGGGAAGACCUGAACCUUGUGAAGUGGAGCUUCUCAACGAGUCAGGUUUCAGCAAUUCAUCUGUGCAACCAUGUAAAGGCAAUGAUCUUGUGGAUGAGGAUGUAGACAUUGGUGGGAAUGAUCCCCCUAUCUCAAGCUACCCCCCAGUAGAGAUUGAAAAAGAUAUAGUCCUUAGAAACAGUAAAUGCAAUACUUCAAGUAGUUCUAGUAGCGAAUCUGGCUCUUCUUCCAGCGAUUCAGACUCUGGCAGUGAAUCAGAUGGUGGCAGAGCUUCGGUUCCUGCAAUUAGUACAAAGGAGAACAAAGGCUCUGGAGCAAAUUUUGAGCAGAAGAUAGAUGAUUUUGGAGAUCCAGACAUUGGAAAUCAUUUGUUAAAUGAGUUGAACCAAGUUGAGCAGAAUUCCCAGCCUAAAGCAGUUGCCAUUGAGGCCGAAGGUUGUCAAGGCGGGGAGAGUGCUCCACUUGGGAGGCAAGUCUCCCCCGACAAGCUUUAUCGUGCAGCUUUGUUGAGAAGUCGUUUUGCAGACACCAUACUCAAAUUUCAGGAAAAGACUCUUGAGAAGGGUGAAAAGCAGGAUCCUGAGACCCUGCGUCUUGAGAGAGAGGAGCUUGUAAGACGUAGAAAAGAAGAAAAAGCUCGUUUACAAGCAGAAGCCAAGGCUGCAGAACAUGCUCGAAAGAAAGCUGAAGCAGAAGCUGCAGCUGAAGCCAAAAGGAAGAGAGAACUUGAGAGAGAAGCAGCACGCCAAGCUUUGCAAAAGAUGGAAAAGACGGUUGAUAUUAAUGAGAAUUGUCAGUUUAUGGAAGAUCUAGAAAUGCUUAGGGUUGCCCCUGCUGAAAUUUUACCGAGCUUCACAGUUGAUUCCACCAGCCCAGAACAUUCCCAAAAUGGUCUGGGUAGUUUCAAAUUCCAGGGAAGUAGUAAUCCCUUGGAGCAACUUGGUUUGUAUAUGAAAGUGGAUGAUGAGGAGGAGGAAGAACCUGAGCCCCAAACUGUUCCAGAUGCAGAUACAACAAAUGAUGCGGAGGAAGGGGAGAUUGAUUGAUUAAUUGUUUAACCACUUUGCUUUGCCUACACAAUUGAGGUGCAUAACCAUGACUGGAGACUCUUGAACUCAAUGAUUGCUUGGCUAUGCCGAUGGUUCUCUUUUCUUGUCCUCCCUGAUUUUAUGUGUGAAGAUGACACUGCUGAUCUUUCUUGAGUUGCUGCAACAAGCAUCUGAGCUUGAAGAGAACGAGAUGAAUAUUUUGGAGGAUGCAUGGUGUGCCUUUGUUUUGGACAGGGGACGACAAAAGUUGAAGCGGAACUCAUUUUUUAAGGACUCGCUAUAUGCCUGCAGGGGGGGUUGUUUGCUGGUUGGAUUCUCUUGGAGAGAGUUUUUGUAUCAAUGGAGAUUUCAUCUUCGAUCACUCUCUUUCUAGGUGUAAAAAUGUGAACCUUUUUAUUUGUAAACCCAGUCCUCUGAUCAACAGAUGCAGUUGGGUGCUCUGCAUUAUGAUGAUCUGAAAGCAAUUUUGUUUCUUGCUGGUAAUGUGUCUAUUACUUCUGGGGUUGGAUCCUUGUAGAACAAUCAAAUUUAAAGUGGAAAAUAUUGGUGGAAUUUCCUUUACUUUUGCGAGUUCCCCUUUUUUCGCAAACUAAUGAACAAAUCAGCAGUUUAUUUGAUAAAA